AUGUGGUCGUUGUUUGCUCAAUUCCUUCUCGCCUCGAGCGUCGUGCUGCCGGCCCUGGGCCAGAACAGCUCGACAACCUCUAACCUCACCGCGCCAGUUAACCCUUUCGCGCUGUACACGUUGAGCGCAGAGAAUAUUACUGCCAAAUUGAUCCCCUAUGGUGCUCGUCUCACAUCCUUGGUUGUGAAAGACCGUGACGGCAACGAUCAAGAUGUUGCCGUCGGUUACGAUGAUCUUACGCGAUACGUUACAGACACCGAGACCAACCACACAUAUUUCGGUCCUAUUGUUGGUCGCUAUGCCAAUCGUAUCAAGAACAGUACAUUCACGUUGAAUGGCAAAUCCUACCACAUCCCGGCCAACGAUCACGCUGGUGCUGACACACUCCACGGAGGCACUGUUGGUUACGACCAGAGGAACUGGACCGUUGUGACUGCUUCGGACUCAAGCAUUACCUUCGCCCUUCUCGACACCGCCACCGAGGGUUUCCCUGGGACGGUCUUUACCACCGCCACCUACACCCUCUCAACUGCGCCCAGCGGCCCGCAAGGGCAGACGCGGCCACGACUUACGACCAGCAUUGUUUCGAGCGCGCUGGAUGAAGAGACGCCCAUCAUGCUAGCGAACCAUAUAUAUUGGAACCUGAAUGCUUUCAAGCAGGCCACGAUACUGAACGAUACAACUCUAUGGAUGCCGUACUCUGACCGAUAUAUUGAGGUAGACCCGAUCCUGAUCCCCACGGGCAGCAUAGGUUCAGUAUCCAGCCUACCAAACCUAGACUUCACCUCACCCAAGCUCCUCGGAAAUGCUGUCAAAAAUGCUACAGGUGUCUGUGGUGCAGGCUGCACAGGAAUUGACAACGCUUUUAUUCUCGACCGCCCAACCGGCGCAGGUGCAACAUCCUCCAAUUUCCCCGUCCUGUCUCUCUGGUCAGAUACCACAGGCAUUCGGCUGGAUGUAAGCACGAACCAGCAGGGCUUGCAGAUAUACACGUGCAAUGGUCAAACUGGCACGAUUCCUGUCAAGCACAGCCAACAGCAGAGGAACAGUGGCACGUCUGGCGCGGCCAAGUUUGUCAACCAGCAUGGGUGCAUCGUCAUUGAAACUCAAGCGUGGAUCGAUGGCAUCAACCACCCAGAAUGGGGAAUUUCUGACUACGAGAUCUUCAGCCCUGCAACCGGACCGGCAGUCAACUUUGCUACCUAUGACUUUUCAACGUUCUGA